AUGCUUUAUCUUUGUAACGUACAUUUUAUUUGCGAUAAGUGGAUAUCAAAACACUACGUAAAACACUGUCAUGUUAUUAGUUAUUUUGACGAUCGUCCUUCUAGUCACCUUGAGUUUCUACUUCCGUCAAGUGUACUCAAGAUUUCGCAGAUAUGGAGUCAAGCAGCUCCAGCCGUUGCCAAUGAUGAAAGGUUCGUUGGCAGAUAUGAAUUUUUGAGGCCAGUGGUUAUGAUACGAGACAUUGAACUGAUAAAGAAGAUAUGCGUCAAAGACAUCGACCACUUCUUAGAUCAUCGUGUGUUCUUGGACGUUAAAGUGGAUCCAUUUUUCGGGAGGAAUAUUUUUUCAUUAAAAGGUCAAGAAUGGAAAGACAUGCGAUCAACAUUAAGCCCUGCCUUCACGAGCUCAAAAAUACGUUCGAUGGUAACAUUCAUGAAUGAAGUAGGAGAGCAGAUGCUAAAAUCACUUAAAAUGAAGCUACAAAAUACGGAAACGGGCUUCAUCGACGUCGACUGUAGGGACCUAACAACACGGUAUGCAAAUGACGUGAUUGCUUCCUGCGCAUUUGGUUUGAAAGUGGAUUCGCACACUGACCGCAAUAAUAUUUUCUACAAAAUGGCCAAUUUAGCAUCUACAUUUAAUUUUAAAGAGUUACUCAAAUUUUUCGCUUUAGAUUCUUGGCCAUUUCUCAACAAGACUUUCAACAUAACUAUGUUCCCUAAAUCAACGACAGAGUUUUUCAAAAAACUUGUCAUGAACUCGAUAGCCGAAAGAGAGGCCAAGCAGAUCAUUAGGCCUGACAUGAUACAUCUGCUAAUGGAAGCUAAAAGAGGCAACUUAAGACAUAAAUCUAAAGGAGCUGCCGAAAAAGUUACCUGCUUAAAAACUGGUGAAGACUAUUCUACGAGCGUGACAAUUGUUGAUAGAGUUUGGAGCGACGACGACUUAGUAGCCCAAGCAAUGCUUUUCAUCCUUGGCGGUUUCGAUACCAUAUCAUCAUCAACAUUCUUUGCACUUUAUGAGCUGGCCAUGCACCCAGAAAUUCAAGAGCGCCUCGCAAUGGAGAUCAAAGAACACAACGCUAAGAAUGGAGGGCGUCUUGAUUACAACACCAUACUUGAUAUGACUUAUUUGGAUAUGGUAGUGUCAGAGGUACUCAGGAUUUGGUCUUUAGGUAUUGUGUUGGAACGAAUUUGUACCAAAGACUACAACUUGGGAAAGACAAAUGAAGAAGCCACCCAGGAUUACAUCGUCCGGAAAGGUGAAUCCGUUAUGAUUCCUGUAUGGGCAAUUCACCACGAUCCCAAGUAUUACCCAGACCCGGAGAAGUUCGAUCCAGAGCGCUUCUCAGAAGAAAACAAGCACCUAAUUAAACCGUUCACCUACAUGCCAUUUGGUCUGGGAGUCAGGAACUGUCUAGGUUCCAGAUUUGCGUUAUGCGAGGUGAAAGUAAUACUGUACCAGCUUCUUUUGCAUAUGGAGAUAUCUCCGUGUGAGAAAACUUGUGUCCCCGCAAAGCUCACCACCAAUACAUUUUUACUUCGCCUAAGAGGCGGGCAUUGGCUUAGAUUUCGGCCAAGACAAGAGUAG